UGUCUUCCUAGUUUUCCACCUCUACUGUUAUAGAGAGUGACCUCUUGCUGCCGACCAAGAUCAUCAGGUACGUUGGUGGAAGCGGCAACGCCCGCGCUUCCCCGCCGAUACAUAACGCCGCUCUUUCUUCUUCUGCAGGCGCUAACCUGAAUCCCUUCAACAGCCCACUCCAGUCCCGCUCCUCAACACCACACACCACAUUCACUGUACCGCUGCGAGACGCUCUCUUCGCAACCCCAACCCCACAUCCACUACACAUAUCGCCAUGGCGCUCAAGCGUAUCAACAAGGAACUCACAGACCUGGGCCGUGACCCUCCCUCAUCCUGCUCGGCGGGCCCCAUAGGAGAUGAUCUGUUCCACUGGCAAGCAACCAUCAUGGGUCCUAGCGACUCACCGUACUCCGGCGGCGUCUUCUUCCUCGCAAUCCACUUCCCCACCGACUAUCCUUUCAAGCCCCCGAAGGUCAACUUCACGACUCGCAUCUACCACCCCAACAUCAAUUCCAACGGAAGCAUUUGCUUGGACAUCCUCCGAGACCAGUGGAGCCCUGCUCUCACCAUCUCGAAGGUGCUUCUGAGCAUCUGCUCCAUGCUCACAGACCCCAACCCAGAUGACCCACUCGUUCCCGAGAUCGCACACGUGUACAAGACCGACCGAUCUAGGUACGAGUCCACGGCCCGAGAGUGGACCAGGAAGUAUGCCAUCUAGUAGUAACGCAUGGAGGCGGCGGAGGAAGUAUGGGCGAGGGUCGACGGCUUCUCUUCUGGUUCUGCAUGACGGCGCUGCGAGGGUUCUUGAUGACACCUACAACAAAUGAGAUACCAAAGGAGAUGCUGGCUGCUUGGGAAGGCGGAGAGUGGUUGAUACGGGUUUCUUAUCAGGGAUUUUGGCAUGGCUUUGUGCAUAACUUAUAGAGACAGCUGAGCGGCCUUGGGUUGCCUGCUCUUAGCCCUCUCAUACCAGGAUAUGAUCACAUCGUACUCUGUGUCUUAAGGCCCAGCGGGUUGCCGCUCCUACAGCAACGUCCUGUCUCCUCGUGCAAAUACAUAUAUGGCU